CUGCACUACGGGACCCUCCUGGGCAGCAGAGCUUGUGCCCACAUGGCAGCAGCUGCCUGGGCCAGUGCCUUUCUCCAUGUUCUGCUGCAUACAGCCAAUACAUUUUCCCUGCCCCUGUGCCAUGGCAAUGCCCUGGGCCAGUUCUUCUGUGAAAUCCCCCAGAUCCUCAAGCUCUCCUGCUCACACUCUAAUCUCAGGGAACUUGGUCUUCUUGCUGUUACUGUCUUUUUGGUAUUUGGUUGUUUUGUGUUCAUUGUUUUCUCCUACACUCAGAUUUUCAGGGCUGUGCUGAGGAUCCCCUCUGAGCAGGGACGGCACAAAGCCUUUUCCACCUGCCUCCCUCACCUGGCUGUGGUCUCCCUGUUCCUCAGCACUGGCAUUUUUGCUUACCUGAAGCCCCCCUCCAUGUCCUCCCCAUCCCUGGAUGUGGCAGUGUCCGUUCUGUACUCGGUGGUGUCUCCAGGGCUGCAAGUGGGUCAGAUCCUGGGAAGGGCCAGCAGGCCAGAGACCCAAAUUAACCAAAGAGAUAUUCCAGACUGUGUGGCCUCAGUUCUGGUAUAA